UGGUGGGCCAGAGCUGGCCGAGAGAGAAGGACGCGGCCAUGGCGUACAGCGGCCUUGUGGUGCCCAUCACGGUCAUGACGGUGUUCUGGGGGGUGGUCGGUGGGGUCCUCCCGUGGCUCGUGCCUGAAGGGCCUAAUAGAGGUAUUAUCAACACAAUGCUUGUGACGUGCUCUGUUUGCUGCUACCUCUUUUGGUUGAUUGCAAUCCUGGCUCAGCUCAAUCCGCUAUUUGGACCACAGCUAAACCAUGACGGGUUCUGGUAUCUCAACUAUCACCGGCACUGACAGUCUGCUUCUGCUACAGCUCUGAAUCUGUAAUGCUCCAAUGAUCCAAAGGUGCCUUUAAUGUACACUGAACCAUCCAAGACGACUUUAAUGCCUUACUACUUAAUCUGUUCCAAAGAAACCUGCUUAAAGCACCUCCUGUUUUUUACAUCUCUGAAAGUGCCUGUCAAAUACUAUGUACCUCUUCAGUA